AUGUUCUUCAAGAAAGCUAGGAAAUCUAAGAAAGCUACUUCAAUGAUACCUACCAAUUUGUCGGUUCUCAUCCCUCUUUACAUUUAUCCCUCCCCAGGGGCUUGGGAACGGUUAUUUCAAAGCAUCACUACUUACCCGAGUAUCAAGUUCAUCGUCGUGGUAAAUCCCCACAAUGGUCCUGGUCAAUCACUUGAUAGUAACUACAGGAGAGAAAUCUGCAAGUUGAACCAGUAUCCUAACGUUGUGGUUGUCGGGUAUGUCUCUACUGCAUAUGCAACCAGGCCAUGUUCCAGCGUUCUAGAAGAUGUCAUGGUCUACGCGGGUUGGAGGCUUGAAGAUGAUGGGCUCGGCGUCCGAGGCAUAUUCUUCGAUGAAACCCCGAACGAAUGGACCACGUCAAAUGCUUCAUUUUUGGGAAAUAUCAACUCCGCGGUAAAAGGUUGUUCUGGUUUGGGUGUAGACCCUCUUGUCAUUCACAACCCAGGAACAAUUCCACAUUCAAGAUUAAUGUCUGGCACCUGUUUACCAGAUAUCAAUGUAGUUUUCGAAGCAACUCAUCAGACGUAUCAUGAAAGUGGUUUCGAGAAAUCUCUCACGGAUCUCGACGUGGAUCGAGGACGGUUGGCAUGCCUAAUGCACUCUGUACCACAUUCCUCGAUGACUACAUAUUCUGACGUCGCGUCUGAGAUUGAAAAGCUGAAGCAGUUUGUAGGGGUAUUAUUUAUUACUAGUCAGGCUACAGAUCUCUAUACUAGUUUGGGGGAUCAUUGGGAACAAUUCAUCCAAGCAAUUAGCCUUUAA